AUGUCAGCGCCAAACAAUCGUAUGGGCAACCCAAAUCUUAGGGCCCCGACGCCCGUGAGGCCUUCACCUAUUAAAUUAUCUAACAGUGGGGCAAACUUAGCAAGAAAUGUGUUCUAUUCAUCUUUAUCAUCUAGUAUCGCUACUUCAAGAUCUGCCACCCCGUUGACCCCUCAGCCUAAUCCUGUCGAGCAAACGAGGUUAGAAUAUUACAACUUAGAUGUGCCAAAUACUACAAAGCUUGAUGAGCUAUAUGAUCCACAAUCAAGAUUUUUUGGCCGUGUUAAACCACGUACUUUGGAGUUACAAGAAGCUCUUCCGUAUGAAACAGAGUUGCCGUUAGAUCAAUCGAGGUAUUUGAGCCAUAUUAUCAGUCAUUUGUAUGCUGCCAUAAAAUCCUUGGAUAUCAAUGGUGUUAUAAGCGUUUCUCCAAAAGAUUUGGAGAAAGUUAGGUCUGCAGUUCUCAAGAAGAUGACCAAUGGCAAUGAUUCGUCAGAUGAUAAUAUUAUUGGUCAUGAUCUGGAGUAUGAAGAUCAUCAGGAUGAUGAUGAUGAUGAUGAUGAUGAUGACGAAGAAGACGACGACGACGAUGAUGACGUCGACGAACAAGAAAGUGAUGAAGAGGAGGAAGAACUAGGUGAAGAUAUAGAAGACGAUAUGAGUGGCGUUGUAUCCGGUGGCAUUAACAGUGCAAGCACCUCAUCAAGUCAUCCAGACUCUUCUAUCGUAGUUAGCGUUCGCCAUUGGACUAAAGAAUUAUAUACUUGGAUUAAAAUGAAAAACGACAUGCCCUUUGAUUUAAGAAUCUCUUUAUCAAAAGUAUAUUACAACCUUUGCUUAGUCGCUGGUCAAGGAUUCCUGAUUUCUGUUUUUGUUAAAAUGUUUGCCUUAUUAACGAAGUACGAACCUGAUGUCUUGAAAAAGAGAGGCUUAAAUUUGGAUUACAGGCCUUUAUUUAAACUACUCGAUGUGUACUUUCCACAUGCUCAUACUGUGGAAGGUUCUGUUGUUCCACAAAAGAAGCAUCUUGUCAAAUUGGGGAUGUAUUCAAACUACUUUUUCCUGGAUGAGGACUUUGAUGAAAUUUUCAAUCUCGUGGGUAGCAGAUUUUCAUUGAAUACUGCUUCUCUAGCUUUAACUUCAAUGUGCUGCUUGUUGCCAUUGAGUAAUCCUAGGCUUGUGGACGUCACUCCCUCCCUUUUCCACAUUUGGACGAUUGUCACUAAUGUCAAAGGUAUGGACUCCCCUAUCACCGAAACUAUGGGAACUGGAUUUGCUAGGAUAUUAUCAGAACAUGUUAACGAUCCAGAUGUUUUAUGUAAAUUUGGAAAAUAUGGCUUUUUGAAUGCAGAUCAAUUAUUAUUUGUAUUUUCCAAAUUAUUGAACUCCUUUGAUAUCCAAUCUCGAAAAUUUGGUUCUUCCGCUUCUAGCCACAGUUACGCUGGAUACGCAAAUAUUAUUGUUUUCAGUAUGAAUGGCGAGUUGGCAUUAGAACCAGAUGGCGGUGUAUUUUUCCAUUUGGAAACUUUGCUCAACAGUAUGGAGACUUAUUUGCAUCCUUCUAACACGGGAGUUUGGUCUGUGACUUGUACGAAAUUCAUACAGCUUUUGAUCUACUUAUUCCGCAAAAGACAUAUUCUAGAGAGCGACCCAGACGAGCAUUUAUACAAUCUUCCAGAACAGAAUAAGUUGAGCCCAUUUUGUGUGAAAAGGUUUGUGAAAAUAUUGCUACCGAAAGUCAUGCUUGGUAUCCAAUCAAAGAGCACUGCGGUGGUGAAUAUCAAUUGUGAAGCGCUCAAUAUGCUUUGUUCUUUGGCACCAGAGUUGGUUUUGAAUGUGAUUUUAUUGGAUAUUUACGAAUCAUUACAAACUGUUAUCACUAAUCAUAGAUUGACAGUGGUGUUAAAGAUCUUAACAAGGAUUUCAAAAUAUUUUUUGACGCAGAAGAUUUUCCGGUGUCAUGUCACCAGGAUCUUGGGACUUUUACUCCCAGGAAUAGAUUCAAAUGAUUUAGACAAAACCUUUUUGACCUUGAAUGUCAUAAGCUCUUUCGCCAGCUUCUUACCCUUUUAUGACUUAUCAAGGCAAUGCGAGGAUGAUGAUGUACUUGUUGAUAGUGGCUUAGCAUUUGAAGCUACUCAAAGUCACUUGGCGUUUCUAGAGGAAAAGGUUUAUAACAACAUGAAAAUUGAAGAUGAGGACCAGGAAUUUUUCCAACUUGAUGACGAAUAUGAAAAGAAAGUUCUUAUUUCCUCUUCGACGUUAUUUGAAGAUUUUCUAAGUAUGUUCACUUAUAAAGUGUUCACUUUGUUAGAAAACUUAUCUGACCAAUCAAACGUGCAAUCCAAUUCUGAGCUCAAUUUAGAAACUUCUUUACCAAGAACCUUUUUGCUCCUAUUCGAAUCUAUGGCUGAUGAUUAUUUUUGCUCUAUUGCUACUAAGUUUUUGAAUUUUAUAAAUGAAAAUCUUCAUUAUGAUUCAAUUGAUCUUACAGCACAAAUUAUAGGUUCUAUUGUUAAACAUGAUCCAAAAGGCCAAACCCCUCAAUUCAUGGAGCUUGUUUUGGAUAAAAUAAAUGACGAGCUUGAAAAUGGAAGUGCAGGUAAAGUUAGAAGCACUGAAAUUCUACAUCGCGAUAAACCUCUAUACUGUUUAUUGACCCUUCUAGGUGAAAUAGUACGCUAUGCAGGUUCCAAUGUGCUCAGUUACAGUUAUAGAUUAUCAAAUCUUUCUAGGCUUCUUCUUAGAGAGGUCAAAGGGCCAAUUAUUUUCCCUGCCACCUUCUUUGUCACCCAAUUGUUGAAAUCUUUGACAACCAUUAGAUUAGAAGAACAGAGGCUAGUUAGUCCAUCAUAUGUGGAAAAAAACGGAAUAACUGAAACAUGUUGGGGAGGUUUCUAUGACAGACCAGAAAGAUUCAAUGCAGAAAAUUUGAAAUUUGGGUGGCAUAUCCCAAAUAAAAAGGAAGUUGAAUUUGCAGUUCACUUCUUUUCAGAACAUGUUCAAGAAUGUUUCACAAAUUUAGAUAAAUUGAUGAGAGAUGCGAAUAAGAGAGGCAUGGAUACUGAUAGUAAAGCUACAGAGGAAGAUGAUAUUACGGAGGAAGUUGAACAGACAGACAACUCUAGUCCGGAUUUAUUAGAUUUUACCGAUAAUUUCAGAAAGAAUUUGUUUUACUUGAGUCACUCCACUUCAGGAAUUGCAUACUUGUUAGAUCCUGCAUAUGAGGAUAUAACUAAGGCUACUACAGGAAAUCACAAAUUAAACGCUCAAUUACUUGAUAAGCGUUUAAGAUCGUUGAACUUUUCUCAAAGAUCUCUCAAUAUCACUGGAAAUGCUGGCAACCCAUCUGCUACUGCUGGCGAUGAUCAUAGCGCUAUCAAUACUGAUGUAGCAAAUACUGAAGCCACAACCCCUUGUUUGUAUUCUAACAGUGAUCAAAAUGCCGAAAAAUCCCACGAUCUUGGUCCAAAGGAGCCCUUCAUUGAAUCCGAUGAAUCAAUUGCUUUAAGUAGGGCUGAUUCUGGCGUCAACUUAGCAAAUAUGGUCCCAAUUGAUAUGUCUAGGGAAUCUUCAGAAAAUAAUGUGGAUAUGUUGUCUUUGUCCGGAGUAAGAAGCCCAGAGCUAGAUAAUGAUGUUACCAAUCCUGCCAUUACCUCGAGAGCUCAAAAGAUUUAUACAUGUUCUUAUUUCUUCGGCAACACCAAGGAGGAAAGACACAAAAAUGAUUUAUACAGACGUGUUCACGCGUUAUAUAGAAGAAUUGGCGAGAAACUUCAUGAUGUAUGCAUGUUUUUACUUCAGUACUAUCCGAAUGAUGUGAAAUUGUUCAAAGUUUUUUUGCAUACCGUUGAAACUUGGUUCUGCGAUUAUGGCGCCGAAAACUCACUCAAAUCAUUUGAUGAUAAUCACAUCUCAUAUAAGUAUAUGAGACUGAUACAAGGAUCUUUUUGUAUUAGAAAGCCUUUCACCAGAAUUACCAUUGGUGCUCGUGUUGAGAGGUAUCAUCGUCAAAGAAUGUUAAUGCAUGCCAGCAGCAGAUUCCAAAGCAAAUUGGAUGAAACUCUUUUGGGUGAUCUUAUAAAGUUGUCUUUGUCUCUUUAUUCUUCUAUCUCUGCAUCUGCGCAGUUGACCUUGAAAGCGGUAAUGAAAAAAAGUAUUGGAUCAUAUGCUUUGUUGAUUAACACUGUAUUUGAGAAUUUAAGUAAUGUUCUUUUAGACAAUGAUUAUAAGAGAAUCAAGAGUGCGUUAAACGUGUUUAGUGUCACAAAGCUCAAAAAUAGAAUCAGCAGUGAUUAUAAGAAUCUUGUUAAAUAUGUCAAAUUUUUACUACGUUGUAUGGAGGUUGAUGAUGAAAAGACUAGUAGCAUUGCUAAGCUUCUCUAUGGGAAAUUGGCCAAAAAUAUCAAGGUUCCAUCAACCAUAUGUAUAUUUAAUGAGGAUUCAAUGGAUGUCAUAAGGCCAGCAGAUUCACUUGUCGAUAUUGAUAUAAAGUUACUCAAGACAGCCAAAGAGAAUAAAAGGGCUACUUCUAUUCACUUCUUGAGGCAAUUGCAAAAAUUGAUUCUAGGUGAAGAGUCGAAAAGCGAUAAAUCAUGGCAAGUUUCAUUGAUAAACAUAGAAUUAUUGGUCCGCUUACAAUCAAGUUUUUCGAUGAAUACCAACUCAGAAAUAUUUGAAUUGUUUAUGAACAGCGCAGCCAAGAGCCAUCCAAGUAUUUGCCACAUGGGCAUUUAUGGGGCUCUCAAAUCGUUCACAAAAAUAAUGAAGCUCUCAAAUUGUUCGUAUGAUUUGAAGAAGCUUUUAGACCCUUGGUGCUAUUCAGACAGGUUUGAAAUUAUUAGUACCGACUCCAAAUCCAAUGGCAAUUUCACGGAUAAAUUUUUUAAUGAAUUGCAAAAGACAGAAGAUGCAGAUUAUUAUUUUGACACGAAGAUAUUCAGAGGAUGGUUGUUCUGGGGGAAAGAUAUGGUGGUUGCGAAGAACCAAAAAGAGCAGGUGUUGAAAUUCAACAAUAAUGAUAAAAAGUUGUUUAGCGGCGUGGAUUCUCACAUCACAAAAGAAUGGUUCCGAAGUAUCGUAAAGCUUAUUAUUGAAGAUAAUGAGGAAGGAUCCAGAUUUCAAGGAAACAACAUUCAGUUCAUGAACAUGUUGAUUGUAUUAAUUUACAACAAGUAUUUGACGAAUAUAACCAUAGAAGAUAUGAUUACAGUGCUUGGGGAAAGUUAUGUUCAUGAUGAAAAGAGUACGCAUAUUAUCACAUGUGAAGCUUUAUGUAGCUUCUUGUUAGCAGCGAAAUACACUCCAGCUGCAAAAGAUUUAAGGGUUCAAGAAUAUGUGAUUAAAACAAUUGCUACAUGCUUCAGAGACUUAUCGCCAGAUACUAAGUCAAUUUGGAAAAUUUUCUCAUUUUGGAUUGUAUCAUAUACUGACACUAGAAGAUAUGAUUCAUUAGUUAACGAAAUCUUCAAUUAUGAGACAGCUCUUACAGAAAGCAGUCCAUUCAAACAAGCAACACGCUUAUCUUGCUUAAAAGUUUAUUUGACCAGCGUCACUUGGAAAUAUAGAGACGCCGAUAAACUUAUUGAAAGCAUGUUACAAUUAAUGUUCCAUCCAUAUCAAACAGUUCGUGAUCAGGUUGCGGCGACAAUUACUGUGGCUCUUUACUGUGGCUUCAAUGAGUCCUACCCAGACUGUGAUUCAUUUGUGAAAGCCAAUUCAUUGUAUGGCUCAUUGGGUUUAAUUCCAUUUCAAAUUUCUGAAAAUGUGAUUCUCAACUUAAGACAAGCGUUUGCAGCGGUUGAAAGCUUUAGAAACAAGAUUAACGAGGGUGAUAAUGCUCAAGAAACCUUGAAAACUCCAUAUAUUUAUGGUGCCAGGACUCUUAUUGUGUUGAUUACAAGUAUGUUUAGAACCAAUGCUUGUGUUGGUUUUGUUGAUCUCAUCCCCGAACUUAUAUCACCAUUUUUACUAAAUCUUGAGCAUAUGAGAGAUGUUUGUAAACUCGCUAAUAUCAGUCCUAGCUCUGUGUAUUUGAUCUUAGCGAGAAUUCCUUUCAGAAUUGAAAACAUCAAAACAAUUGUGGACUUGAUUCUACAUAAUGGUGGUGUUGUGGAUCCCUCAUGGCACCAGCGCUUAACCCUUCUUUCAUUUACGGAGAUUUUCUACUUCCGUCAAUUGUUACUUUUGAAUUCUGACCAAAGAAAGGCAUUGUUUUCUUACGUCUCGGAAUUAUUGUUUAACAGAAAUUUAGAGGUUAGAGAAGCUGCUUCUAAGGCAUUAUCUGGUAUGGUACACUGCUCACCAACCAAGGAAAGGGAGGAUAUGAUCCACUAUUACAUUGGUGAAUAUGCGAAAAUCUUGCAGAAGUACAAAAAGUUAUCUAGAAAGCAAAAGAAGACACAGAAGAAGUUUUCUCAAGCCGAUAGUGUUACUCUUCACGGUGCUUCUCUUGGCUUGGGUGCGUUGAUUUCCGCUUUUCCAUAUCUCUCUCCUCCGCCUUCUUGGUUCCCUGACGUCUUAGGUUUGUUGGCCAAUAAUUCAUAUGGUAUUUCAGGAGUUGUUGAUAAAACCUCGAAGGGUAUUUUGAGCAAUUUCAAAAAGACUAGACAAGAUACAUGGCACAUAGAUAGCAAAGUAUUCACUGAGGAGCAGUUGGAAGAUUUGGAAGGUGUUUUGAGAGAAAGUUACUUUGUUUGA